UGGAGAUGGCAAAGCAAAUCCUGAAAGGCAUCACUGACAACUUAGACCAAGACAUCAUGAUGCACAAAGAUAUCAUUUUAAAAGUAAGGCAAAUGAAUGAGGUCACUGGAAAAAAAGCAACUAUAGGAUUUUUUGGGAAAUCGGGAGAAGGAAAGAGCUCUCUGUUAAGCGCAGUUCUGGGGAAAAAGAAUCUCUUGCCAUCUGGCUGUUUUGGUGCAUGUACAGCUGUUAUAACUCAGGUGGAAGCAAAUCUGAGUGACUCCAACUACAAAGCAGAGAUUGAAUUCUUCUCUAAAGAGGAGUGGGAGAAAGAGCUUCAAGAUCUUUUUAAAGUUUUAUCCGAUGACAGUGAGGACAAGAAUGGGGACAUGAUUCAAAUGGCUGUUGAAAAGAUCAAUUCAUUAUAUGGAGAAAAUGCAGAUAAGAAAACACCAGAAGAGCUCAAGAAUCAUAGCACAUCUGUCAAGAUUGAAGAAUUUUUGUCCAUGAGUAAGAAAAUGAUUUCAACCAGUGAUGAUUCUGAAUUUGGCAACGAAGUUGCAUGUUACAUAAUGCACAGUGAGGCAAGUCAUGGUGGCUGGUAUUGGCCAAUUGUGAAGAGCGUGACCUUCAAGGUUCCAGAUUGUUGUGAACUCUUGCAGCACAUUGUCCUUGUUGAUAUACCAGGUACUGGAGACUGCAAUAAGAUCAGAGAUGACCUCUGGAAAUCUAAACUGAAAGAGUGCUCUUUUGUGUGGAUUGUAAGUGACAUUGCUCGAGCAAUCACUGAUAAAGACCCCUGGGCAAUAUUAAAACACUGCAUUGAAGAAUUGGGACCUGGAGGAGAGUGCAAAAGCAUAAACUUCAUCUGUACCAAAAGUGAUUUUAUUACUCCAAUUGCCUACAUUAGAUCUGCACGGCUUACUCAAUUCCAAAAUUUAGGAGAAAAGAAAAAAUUCAGCUCUGAUAAUGAUUUUCUUCAAGUUUUUACUGUAAGUUCCGCUGCAUUUUUUGAUCAAGAUUUAAAUCUGGAACCCAAUGAAACAGAAAUCCCCAAACUACAGGAAGCUCUGAAAAAUCUUAACAUGAGCAUCAACCGAGAUCUGGUAAGAGAUUAUGUCAAUGAAGCAAAGGGAGUUUUGUCCUUGAUCCAAAGUGUUCAACUGGAUACUGACAAGGAAAUGAUGAAAGACAAAGUCCAAAAGGAAUAUGAGAAAAACCUCACGAAGGCUCAAAAAGAACUGGACAACUAUUUUGACUCCAUGUAUAAUGAUCUAAAGGAGUGUCUGUCGGCAGGAGUGAGGGAAUCUGUCAGGUUUUGUGUUGCUGACACAGAGGCAGUCGUGUCACCUGAUAUGGAUAAAAGAGGAUUUCACAAAAUUCUUCAAGCCUUAUGUAAGAAUGGAGGAGAGUAUUGGUCGAAAAAUUGGGAUCUAGUCCUAGACUUGAACAAGCAAUUGGCCAAACACCUGCAUGAAUCUGUAGAUACAAAUUUCAAUACGAUUUUUCCUAUCAGUGGUAAAACAGAAACAUCGGUGCAGGAAAAACUGAAUAAAUUCAGUAUAAUUCAGAAUGAGUCCAGUCCUUACUACAGAUCUCCCAUGUUACAUCACAUUCAGAACUUCAUCAAAGCAGAGGAAAAUAAACUGAAGACAUCACUCAUGAGAUACAUUGUAGAAAUGAAGAAAAAAAUUUACUCAUCAAUUCAAACAACUAUUCAGAAGGAAAUGUCUACUUGCUACAUGCUAGCGGCAGCUGAGAAAGGACCUGGAUCCAUGAAGAGAAGGCAAAAGAUUUUAAUGGAUUCGGUUAUUUCAAAAAAAGAUGACAUGUUUAACAUGGCAAAAAAAGAAUUUCUUAAAAUGUUCAAUAACCUAAAGCUGCAUAUAAAAGAUUCUCUUGAAACUGGACUAAAGAGAUCAAUGAAACUUGCACUGUCACGAACCAACAAUAUCGCCCUGUUGGCUCAAACGUCUUUAGAUGUUUCCAGAGAGAUUGAGGAACUUGAGAGACUGACAGAGCAACUUUCUGACUAGGAGCAUCAUCAAGCAAACAAGAGCAUCUGCACAAUUCACAGAAGAGACUUUAUUGUGAAAUGGGAAAGUCAAAUUUUUAGUCAAACCUUAUUUUGUAGGGAACAUUUAACAUUAUAGUAAAAGGUUAUAU